AGUUAUAAAUUAAAAUAUGGGUUAAGAGAGAUAAAGGGGACCUCUCUCCACAGAUUAUGCUCCAAAAGCCAAAGCCAAAGCUCCCUCUGAUUUGCAGAGAGAAUCCAAAGGACAAGUAAGAGAGACAGAGAGAGAAAGAAGCAGAAACACCAAGAAACAGAAACAGCAGAGAGAAAAAAAAAAAAAAAGAGAGAGAGAGAGAGAGGGAUUGUGUUGUGUUAUAUUUUCAAAAUUCCAAUCGGGUCCUUUUUUUCUUCUUAUCCAAUCCGUAAGUCCCUCGCAUUUCUUUUUUCUUUCUUUUCUUUCUUUUUGUUUUUUUUUUUAACAAUUAAUUUUUUUCUUCUUUGUUUGUUAUGUGAGAAAACUAGUUGGAUACAAAGUGGGUUUUGUUUUGUUUUUUUGAUCAAACAUUGAGAUAAAGAAUUGAAAACAGAUCUAAAUUUUGUAUUUUGGAAGGUUUGGGUUUUUUUUUUUUUUUUUUUUUUUUGGGUUUUCCAUUGGAUUUGUGGCAGUGGGAAAAAGUUGCGGAAUUUUUUCAAUAUAUACAUGUUGGGAAUACUAAGAUCUGUUCAGUGUUUUUUGUUUUUUAUUUUCAUGUAGAGGAUUGAAAAAUCGUUGAAUAAAAAAUUCAUUUGUGGGGGGUUAUGGGUUCUUUUUCUCUAUGACCAAAUUGGUUCAUAUAAUAGGCAAUUUGACCUUUUUUCUUUUUAAAACAUAAAAACGAAUUCAUUGGAAGAUUGGUUUUUUAUUUUUCCCCACAAAAAAAGUCAUCUGGAUCGUACUUAUAUGGGAUUCAGAUCGGUGAACAUUUCAGAUAUACGGCUAAAGGAUUGACCGAGUUUCUGAGGGACUUGGGGGCUUGGAUUUGUGAGAAAUUUUGCCGUGGAAUUUGUCUUUGUGAUUCAGCAAAAGAGGGAUCGAAUUGGGUAUUUUUUUAUUUUUUGGUUGUGAAUCUGGUUCCUUUAUAUAUUGAUUUGGGUUUCACGGAGACAUGUUGGAGAAUCGGUCCUGUCUGGUUUUGAGUUUGUUUUCGAGCACCUGCCAGCCAGAAAGCAAGUGUGCUUACAUGACUUAUAGUCGUCGGCUUGAAGUUGAUGAUGGAAAUGGCAAACGUCCAUUAGAAUCUGAUGGUGAUGAUGAACAGCCUCAAAGGAAGUCAUUAAAGCUAUUGGAUUCUUGUGAGAGAGUUGAAACAACUCAAGCUUCGCGUGAGCAAUCCUAUAACCAGAGUCAUGCUGGCGAUUCUUCGGAGUCCGAGUCCGCUAUCAGUCGCAUGGGUCCUGACAACUUGAUAAGCUGCCUAAUUCGUUGUUCGAGGUCUGAUUAUGGUUCCAUUGCUUCAUUGAACAGGAGUUUUCGUUCAUUAGUCAGAACCGGAGAGCUAUAUAAACUGAGGAGGAAGAACGGUGUUGUUGAGCAUUGGGUUUACUUCUCUUGCCACCUCCUUGAAUGGGAAGCCUUUGAUCCCUUUCGUCAAAGGUGGAUGCGGUUGCCGAGGAUGACUACUAAUGAAUGCUUCAUGUGUUCAGAUAAGGAAUCAUUGGCUGUGGGCACGGAGCUUCUUGUAUUUGGUAAGCUGGAGAUGUCCUUUGUCAUAUAUAGAUAUAGUAUUUUGACAAACUCUUGGUCUUCUGGUAUGAAGAUGAAUGCUCCAAGAUGCUUGUUUGGGUCUGCCAGCCUUGGAGAAAUAGCAAUUUUGGCAGGAGGUUGUGAUUCACAGGGAAAUAUAUUGAGGUCUGCAGAGCUAUAUAACUCCGAGACCCAAACUUGGGAGACACUCCCAAACAUGAAUAAACCACGGAAAAUGUGUUCGGGGGUUUUCAUGGAUGGGAAAUUUUAUGUAAUAGGAGGAAUUGGGGGUAGUGAAUCGAAGGUUCUUACAUGCGGAGAAGAGUAUGAUUUGAAAGCCAGAACAUGGACAGAAAUCCCUAACAUGUCCCCUGGCCGGAGUGCUGCUGCCAAUGCUGGGAUGCCUGCAACGGCUGAGGCACCACCUCUGGUUGCAGUGGUAAAUAAUGAGUUGUAUGCAGCCGAUUAUGCAGAGAUGUCAGUGAGGAAAUACGAUAAAAAGGAAAAGAAGUGGAAUAAAGUGGGGGAUUUGCCUGCUCGAGCGGGAUCAAUGAAUGGUUGGGGCCUUGCCUUUAGGGCAUGUGGAAAUCAGCUUAUUGUCAUUGGUGGACCUAGGUCUCAGGCUGAAGGUUUCAUUGAACUCAAUGCAUGGGCGCCAGGUGAAGGUCCUCCAGAGUGGAAAUUGCUUGGAAGAAAGCAAUCGCCCAACUUUGUCUAUAAUUGUGCUGUGAUGGGAUGCUGAGGAGUUUGAUUUUGGUGGUGCCUCGUUUACUUUUGUUGGUGCCUCACUGCCAUGGAUUUAUAAGAUUGGCUUGUCAGUCGACACAGGAGUCUUGCUAAUUGGUAAUUUUCCCUUGAUUCGUUGUGGUUAUUUUCCCUUUUGGUUGGGGUAGGAUGGGGAAGAAUUUCGGAUUUUACUCAAGAUUCAAUUGAAUAUUUUCUUGGAAGGAGGUCUUGAGUAUUUUUUUCUUUUUCUUAAUUUCUUUUCAAAACUUUUAUUUAUAUUUUCUUCCAUUGAAUUUGUCUUCCCCCAUUUUUAGUGACAUCAGAAAUUUCAAAGGUUGGCAUCUUGUAGCACAGGAAUAGAUUUAAUAAUUUGGAUUACCAACACAUUUGUAGGUCAUCAAUAGCGCUUGAUGAAGCUAUUUUAAGAACACAGGACUAGUCAUAUGGGUUUCAUUUUCUUUAAUUUUCUCUGCUUUGUCUUCAAGAGAGGAAAUAAAGUUCUGAGAGGUUGUUAUCUUGGACUUUGGCUCAUGUACUGAUUACAUUAAUUGAUGGAAUUCAUGGGCUAAAUUUCUGAGCAUUCUAUUUUUGUAUUUCCAUGUAUCCUAAUGGGAUCUUUCAAUUGAUUACGCAUCUGUUACUUUUUUUUUGA